CCCGCUGCAUCGUGCAAAACCAUUCCACCUGCUGCAUGGGACCCCUCACGGACUGCUCCAUCAAAGGAACAGAUAAUUCCUGUUGACCAGGGGGAGUCGGUAUUGGCGCGGUCCUAUUGGGCGAAAGUUAAUCAAUUUUCAUUUUUCUUAUCGCGGGAAUUAUUAUUGAGUUAAAUAAACCAGUACACCGGUAAAACUCAGAAAGAGAAGAACCAUUUCCACUUCCAGAAGUGAGAAAAAAGAUUGUAACUUUCUGAUCACUAAUUUUCCCGAGAAAAUCACCUGUCGGCGCCGGAGGCUCUCUCCAUCCCCUUGAAGCCAGCUAUCCUAUCCUAUCCUCCCUCCUGCAGUCUGAUGUAGUCACUCCUAGGUAAGCACCACUGUCCUUGGUCAGUGAUCAUUUCUAUACCGCGAUUGAAUUGGGAGGGCGGGCUAGGUCGAGAUUCUCUUGGUCUAUCCCAAUGUUUUGUGCCUCCAAGUUGGAAUUCCAUCCCAGUUCGGAUUUAGGGUUUUCAGCGCUGUUGUUGGAAUCGUGGAAUUGGGGUGGUGAUGAUGCCACCAAAGAGAAAGAAGUGGACGGAAGCAGAGGAGAAAACCCUAAUCGCCAAGUACGGCGAGAUGGUCUCCGAUGGUACACUUGCCAAGAUGAAAACGCGGGAGAAGAAGUUCAGACCGAUUGCCCUGUUUGUGAACUCGGUCCACCAUGCUCGCGAUCCGAUUGCCCAUCCUUGGCAGUGGACAUGGAAAGAUGUGUCCACUAAGGUCCAGAACAUGAGGCAUCAGUACUUGUUGGUUAAGCAGAAGGUGGUGAGAAAUCCGGAAUUCUCCAUGGCCGUGGAUGGUGCUGAAGCUGGCGGUGGCGGUGUGGGAGAAUAUUCGGAGGGAGAUGAGUUUGACUGGGUGGAAGGCCUUACUCACUGGUCCAACUUCCUGCUCUACAAGGGAGUAUUUGGGGAUUUGCCCAUUUCUUAUGGAACUAAUGGGAAUGAGUUGAUGGGAGUGUUGAGUGAGGACAGGGAGAAUGGAGGAGGGAGAGGACUUGGGGUUUUGUUGGGGGGUAGUAGGAGAGGGUUGGACAUUGUAGAGUUUGGUCAUUUGGGGAAUUCAGCGGAUGGAGGUUUCGGCGUGAUUGAUGGGACUGAGAAUGGGGUGCUAGGUUUAGGGUUUGAUUAUGAAGGAGAAGAGCAAGAUGAGCAUCAUUACAACGGCAAUGGCCGGGUUAGGGAGGAUAUGGAUGAAGGUUUCAUUAAUGAAGAAGUGGAAGUGACUGCUCCCAAUAAUAAUACGAAGAGGAAUAAGAGGAAGAAGAAGGCAUUGAAGGGAUUGGAGAAGAGGCUGUUCAGUUUCCUUUCAACCCAAGUAGGGAAAUUGAGAGAGAUCGAGUCUAGGUUUGAACAACGGGAGGUGGAGAGGGAUCGGGAGAGGCAACAAAGGGAUAUUGCACGAAUGGAAAGGCAGCAAGAGCUGGAAAGGAAGUUGGAAGAGAGGGAGAAAGAGAGAGAAGAGAAGGAUAAAAGUAGGGAAAACUUAAGAAGACAGAGAAUGCAAGAAUGGGAGGCAAUGGAGAAAGAAAGUGAAGAGAGGGAUAGAAGGAGAAGAGAUGAGGAGGUUCUUGAAGAGAGGGAGUGGGAGGAAAGGAUGACCAGGAGGGGGUUGGAAUGGAAGAAGAGGAACGAUGGGAUGUUAAACCAGCACAGAGAAGAAAUGGGGCAGCUUCAGAGUCGGCUUCUCCACGAACAGCAGAAUCUCACGAGCCAGUUGCUGGGGAUCGUUGCACAUUGGGGUGGUCACCCAACCGGACUCUCAGAUCACACGACGAGUGCUAACAAUCAUUACCUUACCCACAUUAUGCAGAACCUGCACCAUGUGAACGGGAUGGUUCAUGGGGACACCAGAGUAGAUGAAGAUGCUCAAGAUGACCAAUUCAUUGUGGAUGGAUAAACUCGAUCUAGUUCCUGAUGAUCCCAUUUAGUGAGGAGCUGACACAAACUGGGUCCACGAAGUGUAGAAAAAGAGUUGAGGGAGAGACAGAAACUGAUGAUUUGUGAAAUGCAACAAAUUGUUCCUUGUUUCAUGUUCUAUUGUAUUUGAUUAGAUAUGGCUGUAUAAAUCAUCUGGGUUUAGUGCAAAGUUUGUUAUAUUAUACCAUCUGUAUCUCUAGCCGUUUCCAUCUAAAUAAAGGAGGUUUUCUUUU